CUGGAUUACUCCAGGUAUAGAAAAAUAAAAUGGACAGGACGAACUGGACAGAGAUUGAGUUCAUUCUGCAGGGACUUUCUGAGUACCCCAAAGUGGAAAAACUCCUUUUCGUCAUGUGCUUGAUGAUGUACCUGGUGAUCCUGCUGGGGAACAGCACUUUGAUCAUACUAAUUCUCCUGGAUUCCCGGCUCCAUACGCCCAUGUACUUCUUCCUCGGUAAUCUUUCCCUCCUAGACAUUUGUUACACAUCCUCCUUUACCCCCUCAGUGUUGAUUCACUUCCUAUCACAGAAAAAAACCAUCUCCUUCACUAGGUGUGUUGUUCAGAUGUCUGUCUCCUACACAAUGGCAUGCACAGAAUGCGUGCUCUUAGCAGUGAUGGCAUAUGACCGUUACGUGGCUAUCUGUAACCCUCUGAGAUACCCCAUCAUCAUGAGCAAGGCACUUUGUAUUCAGAUGGCAGCCCUCUCCUGGGGAAUGGGCUUUCUCAAUUCACUGACAGAAACUAUACUUGCAAUACGGUUGCCCUUUUGUGGAAAAAAUGUCAUUAACCACUUUGUUUGUGAAAUAAUGGCUUUUGUCAAGCUGGCUUGUGCAGAUAUUUCCUUGAAUGAGAUUGCUAUAAUGUUGGGCAAUGUAAUAUUUUUGUAUAUUCCAUUAUUGUUAAUUUGCAUCUCCUACAUUUUCAUCCUAUCUACUGUACUAAAAAUGAAUUCAGCAGAAGGAAGAAAAAAAGCUUUUUCUACCUGUUCAGCCCACUUAACAGUAGUGACCAUGUUUUAUGGGACAAUCCUCUUCAUAUAUAUGAAGCCAAAGUCCAAAGACUCUGCUAUUGACAAACUGAUUGCUCUGUUCUAUGGCGUAGUCACUCCCAUGCUCAAUCCUAUCAUCUAUAGCCUGAGGAACACAGAGGUGCUUGGAGCUUUGAGAAAAUUGAUGAGUAGACACUGUUUCUGGAGAAAAGGAUGAAAAACUUACAUCUUCGAGUUCAUGCACCAAAUAAACUCAUAUAUUUGAGGAAAAGGCUUUUAUUUAAAACAGAGCAAAAGAAAUAAAGAUUGUAUGUAGGAUCACAGAAUUUAGGAGUUGGAAAGAAAUUUCAAGAUAAUUAUGUAGCUUUCCCUUUUUAUGAAAAUGACUGUUACAAAAAUGUAGACACAACUAGUAUAAGUACUAAGAGUAAAAUUUAAGGAAUAAGAAAAAAGAUGUAAUUAAAUGUUUCCAGGAAAAUCCAGUACAGAUUCUCUUCAACUGAUGGAGUUAUGUCCUGAUAAACCCAUCAAAAUUUGAAAAUAUCAUUAGCCAAAAAUGUCUUUAAUACACCUAAUCUACUGAACAUCAUAGCUUACCUUGAAAAUGUGCAAAUGCUUACAUUAGCCUAUAGUUGGUCAAAACCAUCUCAUACAAAGCCCAUUUGCAAUAGAGUGUUGAAUAUUUCAUAUAACGUAUUGAGCACUGUACUGAAAUUGAAAAACAGAAUGGUUGUAUGGGUAUGAAACAGUUGUGAGUGUAUCAGUUGUUUAUUCUUGUGAUCAUGUGGCUCAAACUGGAAGCUGGGGCCACUGCCACUGCCUAGCGCAACAAGAAUAUCAUACCACAUGUUACUAGCCCAGGAAAAGACCACAAUUUAAAUUUUAAAGUGUGGUUUCUACUGAAUGCAUAUCACUUUCACAUCAUCAUGAAGUUGAAAUAUCCUAUCUCAAACCAUUUUAAUGUAUGGACCAUCUGUAUGUAUGUCUGCUGAACAAGUAAAACAUGUAUUUUUCAGUUCCCUUUUGAGAGAACUACUUGAAUUUUUGUGUUUGUUUGUCUGUUUGUUUGUUACUGCUUUUUAUUUUA